AUGUUUGGUGCUAAUAAAAAUAUUUUACCUCAAGUAUUGGCUGCCUAUCGACGUUCCUAUAAAAUAUUAUAUACAAUUAUACCUAUCAUUCUUGGUAUAUUCUCAUUCAUCACUCUUAGUUUGUUCAUUGUUUUUAUUCUAACACUGACUAGUAGUAAACCAAAAUCGACAGUAGCAUGCAUUAUCGGUACAAUUGCAACUGGUAUUUCUUUUUUUACUUCAACAAUAAUCACUAUUCGUUUGCUGGUUAAGCAUGAAUAUUAUUAUCGUCAAUUGAAUUUAAUUUUUGAUCAAACAACCGAAGCAAUCAUAUGGCGACUGGAUGGAAACGAAUGGAUUCAAUAUUUAGAAUAUAUUUUCGGACCCAAUGGUUCACCUCAAUUAGCCACAAUAUUUUCGUCAUGGUUUUGUCAUCGCAAGAAAUUUGCUCGACUUGCUACUCGAGGUUAUGGCUAUAUAAUAUUUGUUGAGAAUGCUAUUGUUAUAGAUGAAUUAUUUAUCUAUGAUUUAAAUCGAAUACCAAUCACUGGUGGUCAACUUAUUACUUUUGCAAAUCAACAACUUGUACUUCGUCUUUAUUUUCAACCAAAUAUUAUUUUUAAGAGUAAAAAUAAUAUCCAUAAUAACAUUGAUACUAUGUGUCGACAAGUUGAUCUUUUUGUACCAAAAGUAUUGCAAGAACCACAAGAACGAUUAGAGAAAAUGAUCGAAAUAAUAAAUAUCCAAUCGAACAAGAUUCAAAAUGUUAUUUAUAAUUUUGUCGAAAUUCGUGAUUUAUUUCGGUCGUCUAAAUGA